UUUCCUCCAGGCGGGCCGACGCGAUCCCGGAGAGGGCGGCCAGGGGCAGACGCCGCGUUGCGCUCGGCCGGCCGGCACCAUGCGGCCCCUGCUCUGUGCGCUGGCCGGGCUAAUCCUGCUCUGCGAUGCGGGCGCCUUUGCGGCUGCUGGGCCCUCCGUCCCCUCCCGAGGAGACACAGCCUGGAACACAGGGUGUGACAGAUACGUAGCUGUGCAAGACCGGCUGGACGUCAUAGAGGAGACGGUGGAGAAGACAGUGGAGCACCUGGAGGCGGAAGUGAAAGGCCUGCUGGGUCAACUGGAGGAGCUGGCCUGGAACCUGCCCCCAGGGCCCCUCAGCCCGACCCCCGACUUUCUCGGAGAUGGUGAGCAACUCAGAUCACUUCUGAGCCUGGGGAGAGAGAAGCCCAGCAGCUGGCAGUGAUACGCCCUCAGCUCUCUGAGACAGCGCCGCCGAGCACCCUGGCCUGCCCUCCUCAGCCUUGUGCCCAAUAAAACUGCUCCUUUGGC